GAGCUAUGUCGCCAGCGCAUGGCAGUGAAGACGUCUGACCGGCCGGAGCCCCUGCACGCGUCUCGAAUCAACAGCGUUUCCUCCCAGUUCAGCGAUGGGCCCAUUCCCAGCCCGUCGGCGCGGAGCAGCACGUCGUCCUGGUGUGAAGAGCCCGUCCAGUCCAACAUGGACAUCUCCACCGGUCACAUGAUCCUGUCCUACAUGGAAGAUCAUCUGAAAAACAAGAAUCGUCUGGAGAAAGAGUGGGAAGCUCUAUGUGCUUAUCAGGCUGAACCGAACGCCGCCGUCAUUGCACAGCGGGAGGAGAACACCCAGAAGAAUCGCUCGCAGGCUGUGGUGCCAUAUGACCAUUCCAGGAUAUGUUUGAAAGCUGAAAACAGCCACGACAAUUCAGACUACAUCAAUGCUAGCCCAAUUCUGGACCACGACCCCCGGAACCCUGCAUAUAUUGCCACCCAGGGCCCUCUCCCUGCCACUGGUGCUGACUUCUGGCAGAUGGUCUGGGAGAACGGCUGUGUCGUUAUUGUCAUGCUGACACCCCUCACCGAAAAUGGCAUCAAACAGUGUUACCACUAUUGGCCAGAUGAAGGGUCAAAUCUCUACCACAUCUACGAGGUGAACCUGGUCUCCGAGCACAUCUGGUGUGAGGAUUUCCUCGUGAGGAGCUUCUACCUGAAGAACCUGCAGACCAAUGAGACACGCACAGUGACGCAGUUCCACUUCCUUAGCUGGAAUGAUCAGAAAGUUCCCGCUUCCACCCGAUCGCUUCUGGAUUUCCGCAGAAAAGUAAACAAGUGCUACAGGGGUCGCUCUUGUCCAGUAGUUGUUCAUUGCAGUGACGGAGCAGGAAGAAGUGGAACCUACAUUCUAAUUGACAUGGUUCUCAAUAAAAUGGCCAAAGGUGCUAAAGAGAUUGAUAUUGCUGCUACCCUGGAGCACUUGAGGGACCAGAGACCAGGCAUGGUCCAGACAAAGGAGCAGUUUGAGUUUGCUUUGACAGCAGUGGCAGAGGAGGUGAAUGCAAUACUCAAGGCACUGCCGCAGUGACCGGCGCAGGCUCCUAAAGGCUCCCUGAGGAUCCAGCCCUCGUUUCCUUAUCCUCACUCCCUGUGAAUGUUCUUGGAAAACGUGACCUGACCUUAACUGUGUAUCUUCUGUUGUAACCACAUAGUGAUAGGGUCCUUACAAACUUCUUUAGCUGGUAAAAAGUUCAACAGUUAAAAUGUGUAUUCUGCUGGGGGGGGCGGGUAAAUAAAUUUUGCGAAGUACAUUGAA